UCCAUUUUCUAUCAAUUUGCAAACUCAAAAAAAAACGACGUCUAAAAAGAAUUUCUUUUUGUCGGUUGGAAGAUUAGCUCAGCUUAGAUAAUGUGAAAUAUUUAUACGUGUUUCGAUUUUAUAUUUUUCUUCUUAAAACACCUUGACAUAAUAAUAACAGCAAUAUAACGUAAAGAUUAAAUAUUGAAAAUGGAGGAUGAGAAUGAAUAUAAAAAAUUACCGACAGAAGAAAAAUGUGUUCACAAACUAUGGAAAGCCAGAGUUGCUGGCUAUGAGGAAGCAAUAAAGCUAUUCAACCAGAUUGAUGAUGAAAAAGCACCGGAAUGGAAUAAGUUUUUGGGACUUAUAAAGAAAUUCGUGACUGACAGCAAUGCUGUUGCACAAGAAAAAGGUUUGGAAGCAGCUCUGGUAUUUGUGGAAAAUUGUGGUCAUGCGGGCAAAACAACCGGUGAGGUGAUGUCUGGCAUUGUAGCCAAAUGUAUAGCUGCACCCAAAACAAAGACAAAAGAUCUUGCUCUGCAGGUUACUUUAAUGUAUAUUGAAAUUGAAAAACAUGAAGUUGUGGAAGAAGAACUCCUUAAAGGCAUGGAACAAAAGAAUCCUAAAGUUGUGGCAGCUUGUGUGUCAGCUUUGAACACUGCCCUCAAGCAGUUCGGCAAUAAAGUGAUAGCCAUUAAACCUAUGGUUAAAAAAAUACCCAUCUUACUAGCUGACAGAGAUAAGGGCGUCAGAGAUGAGAUGAAGGCUCUUGUAGUUGAAAUGCACAGAUGGAUAGGGGCCGCCAUCGAGCCGCACAUCGCGCCGCUGCAGGCGGUGGUGCAGCAGGAGCUGCGCGAGUCGUUCGGCGCCGGCGGGGCCGCGCCCUCGCGCUACCUGCGCUCGCAGCAGCACCGCGCGCGCGACGCCGCGCCCGACCAGCCCGACGGUGGUGCUGACGAUGAAGACGCUGAGACUGGCGGCGGAGAUUCAGCCGAAGUGGACACGUAUGACUUGCUCGAUCCGGUGGAAAUAUUGUCCAAGCUACCCAAAGAUUUCUAUGACAAGCUUGAAGCCAAGAAAUGGCAGGAAAGGAAGGAAGCGUUAGAUUCAUUGGACAAUUUAUUGAAAAAUGCUCCGAAAUUGGAACCCGGAGACUAUGCUGACUUAGUCAGAGCAUUGAAAAAGGUGAUCACGAAGGACGCGAACGUGAUGCUGGUGGCGCUGGGCGGGCGGCUGCUGGGCGCGCUGGCGGCCGGCCUGCGCGCGCGCUUCUCGCCGUACGCCGCCGUGUGCGUGCAGGCCGCGCUCGACAAGUUCAAGGAGCGCAAGCCCGCCGUCGUGUCGGCGCUGCGGGACGCCGUCGACGCCAUCUACCCCAGCACAAACCUAGAAACAAUCAUGGAAGAUAUGCUCGCAGCUUUCGAUAACAAGAAUCCGUCAAUAAAAGCAGAGAGUGCUAUGUUCCUGGCUCGCGCUUUGUGUGUCACUCAGCCCGCCGCUUUCAACAAGAAGCUGAUUAAAGCGUAUGUUGCUGGGCUGUUGAAACUAUUAGAAAGUGCCGAUCCUGUCGUCCGUGAUGCAGCUGCGGAAGCUCUAGGCACAGCCACAAAAUUAGUCGGCGAAAAGAACAUUGCACCACACAUUGGAAAAUUGGACAAUUUGAAAGAGCAAAAGAUAAAAGAAUUUGCAGAAAAGGCGGAAAUAAAAGUAAAAGUAGCAGCUCCAAAGAAAGAAGCCAAACCGAAAGCUGCAGCCCCCACUUCCGGAAAAGGGGACACAAAACCCGCCGCUGGUUCAGCCCAACCCAAACCCGUCAAGAGACCUGCGUCUGCAGCUAAGAAACCAGCGGGCGGAACCAAGAAGGUUGCGGCGAGAGGUCAACCGAGUCCUCCGCGUGAACAGGAGAUGACUCCCGAGGAGGUCGACGCUAAAGCUGAGCAGCUGUUUCCCCCCGAUGUUAUCAAUGGGCUGGCGGACACGAACUGGAAGAGCCGGCUGGCGGCCGUGCAGAGCUUCACGGCGACGGCGCGCGCGGCGGGCGAGGGCGGCGCGGCGGGCGCGCAGCUGCUGUUCCGCGUGCUGGCGCGCAAGCCCGGCCUGCGCGACACCAACGUGCAGGUGCUGCGGGCGCGCCUCGAGGCCUGCAAGUACAUCACCGACAACUACCCCGUCUCCACGACAGCUGCAGAUUUCGUCCUGCAAGAUAUUGUCACAAAGCUUGGCGAAACUUCUUGCUCAGCAAUCUGCGCUGAAUGUCUCACUUCGUUAUCGGAAAGCUGUGGCUUGGAACAUAUAAUCAAUGAAAGCUUAACAUUCGCAAUGGACUCGCAAAAGAAUCCGAAAGUCCAGGCUGAGUUGUUUAACUGGAUGUCAAUUGCCAUUAAGGAGUUUGGUUUUACGAUGAAUGUCAAAUCGAUUGUUGUUCACUCAAAGAAGGCUCUGUCAGCCACAAAUCCGAAUGUCCGGACGUCAACAAUUAACUUCCUGGGUAUCCUUUCGCUUUAUGUCGGACCGUCGCUAAUAAACAAUUUCGACAGCGAAAAACCUGCCACAAAGCAAUUAAUAAGCUUGGAAAUCGAUAAAUAUGCCAACAGUACACCCCCAACUCCAACUAGACAAAUGGGCAGAGUCAGUAAGUCAGCAAGCAAAGCCUCGGUGGGAGAUGAAAUUGAAGACGCGUUCGAUGAAGGAGCAGAGGAUGAGCCGGUCGCCUUAGAGGACAACCGACCCAGGACCGAUAUCGCACCACUUAUCACCGAUUCUCUGGUCGCAGAGAUCAACGACAAGAACUGGAAGGUUCGCAACGAAGCACUAGAUAAGGUGAAGGCAAUUAUUACUAAUUCGUCUCCGAUCAAAUCAACGCUCGGUGAAUUGCCGGCCGCGCUCGUUGCGCGACUUCUCGACUCGAAUUCGAAACUAGCUCAAAGUGCAUUACAAAUAUGUGAACUGUUAGCUACGUCGAUGGGAUCGAAGUGCAAGCAGCACGUGAGGACCUUUUUCCCAGCAUUUUUCCAAGCGUUCGGCGACAGCAAGCAGUGGAUCCGUGCGGGCGCCGUGUCGUGCGUGGAGGCGUGGUGCCGAGCGGCCGGCCCGCACGUGGCGCUGGAGGGGGAGAUGGUGCUGGACGCGCUGCGGGCCGGCUCGCCCGUGCUGCGCGCCGCGCUGCUGCAGUGGCUGGCCGACAAGCUGCCCAGCGUGCCGCCGAAGUCGUUCCCGCGCGAGGAGCUGUCGUCGUGCGUGCCGCUGCUGUUCGCGUGCGUGGAGGACCGUGCGGCCGACGUGCGCAAGGCGGCGUCCGACUGCGUGCUACCCUUCAUGCUGCACCUCGGCUACGAGCCCAUGCACAAGCAGCUCGACAAGCUCAAGCCGGGCUCCAAAUCCGUGGUACAAGCUGUGCUAGAUAAAGCCCGACCGAAUCUGCCCGUACAGCCGUUACCCACUAAAAGCAAGAAGGAAGAACCUAAAGCUGUCAAGUCAGCGGGUGCUCUUAAAAAAGAAGCCGAAAAAAAAAGUGGACCAGCCACCAAAUCUAAGGUUGUCAAACCAUCGUCCGCCUCGAGUCGCGGCAAAAAAGAGGAUGAAGAUUGUACACCAUUGCUACCAAAUAACAAUGCUAAGAAUCAACGGAUUAUUGAUGAUCAAAAAUUGAAAGUUCUCAAAUGGAACUUUACGACACCUCGUGAAGAAUUCUUUGAACUGCUUAAAGAACAAAUGAAUAGCGCAGGUCUUAACAAACAACUAGUGGCAAACAUGUUUCACAGUGAUUUUAGGUAUCAUUUGAAAGCUAUUGAAGCCCUAUCAGAAGAUUUACAUGACAAUGGUUCUGCACUUGUAGCGAAUCUGGACUUAGUGCUAAAAUGGCUAACACUGAGGUUCUUUGAUACAAACCCAUCUGUAAUCCUCAAGGGACUGGAGUACCUGACCAUGGUGUUUCAAUAUUUAACUGAAUGUGAUUAUACUAUGGCAGAGUAUGAGGCGAACUGUUUCAUACCAUAUUUGGUUUUGAAGGUUGGUGAUCCGAAAGAUACAGUACGCAAUGGUGUCAAAGCUCUAUUUAAACAGAUCUGCGUGGUCUAUUCUGUUACAAAGCUGUUUGGAUAUCUGAUGGAGGGAUUAAAAUCGAAAAAUGCACGACAAAGAACUGAGUGCCUGGAGUGCAUCAACCACCUGCUGGAGACGUACGGCUCGUCGGUGCUGGCGGGCGGCGCCACGCUGCGCGAGCUGGCGCGCCACAUCGGCGACCGCGACAACGCCGUGCGCUCCGCCGCGCUCAACUGCGUCGCCACCGCCUACUUCCUCGACGGCGAGCGCGUCUACAAGAUGAUCGGCCAGAUUUCGGAUAAAGAUUUAUCUUUGCUGGAAGAGCGCAUCAAGCGCGCGAGCAAGAGUCGAAGUGCAGAAGAGCGCAGGUCGAUGGUAGUUCCGUUGUCCGCUGAUGGAAGACCUAUACAGCUUGUACCUGAGCAGGAGGAACAAGACAUCGCAGAAGAUCAAGCACCGCCGGCGGAGUAUGAGGAAGAGGAAAUUGAUGAACCACCACCACCGCCACAGCCAGUAGUGCCAGAACCCAGAGUAAUAACUGGUCCGUUUGGAUUAGAUCCGGAACUCAUAGCGAAAUUAGAUGCAGCUGUACCCAUAUUACGUAAACCUGAUCUACCUGAACUAGACCUCAAGUUUUUGGAUGAACCUGUGCCAGCAUCUACUGUCAGAAAUGUGACUGCACCUGUUAGACCCAGUAUGGUGACGAUGUCCCCCCCGCGCCACGUGUCCCCGCACGCGCUGUCGGCGCCGCCCGCGCACAAGCCCUCCGUCGACGACUCGCAGCUCGCAGACACCAUACACUCUAUCUCUAGUCCUGACCUCAAUGCCGCUAUCCGCGCGCUGUCGCUGAUCUCGGGCGCGCUGGUGUCGGGGCGCGGCGCGGCGCUGGGUGCGCACGAGGCGCGCCUGGUGUCGGCCGUGGCGGCGCAGCUGCGGCGCCUGCGCACCGCUCCUGCGCCUGCGCACCAGACGCUGCCCGCCUACAAGUACCUCGCGGGGGCGCUCACCACCUUCUAUGAAACAGCUGGUUGCGGUAGACAAGUGGGCGAAAGUGCAUUACGUUCGUUACUUGGUGAACUGUUACUCGUACUGGGAGCCGCACCGACCACCCCUCCACCAGCAGCAGACGCGGAGCGCCUUGUGCGCAUACUGAACAACGUGUGUGUACGUGUAUUAGAGCACUCCCCGCGCACGGCAUUAUUAUGUGCAAUAGUAUCUCUUCUCCAUGACUCCAUAGUCGAAUCGGAUCCAGCCUAUCCUCGCUACCAGGAUCUGUUACUUAAAUGCUUCUGGAAGACAUUGAAAAUGAUUUCAACAUGGGACGUCAAUUCUAUAGACUAUGAUGCAGUACUAUACAAGAUACAUCUAUUUUAUAAGGCUUAUCCUAAUAGCUACUGGAAGAAAAAUCCGGAAAUAAGUGAUACACCUUAUAGAACCGUCAAAACACUAGUCCACACAUUAGUCAAGAUGAAAGGGGCAUCCAUCACAAACCAUUUAACACAAAUACCCGACGUUAACGAAUCCGAUCUCUAUCCUUAUUUACAUAAAGUUCUCAAGCAAUUGAAACUAGACGAACGAAAAGACAACCCGUCGGACAACAUGAACGGCGGCCUCCCGAGCGCGGUGGGCAGCGUGAACGCGGCGCUGUCGGCCGGCCGCCUGCCGCGCGCCGUGCACGAGGAGCUCGCGCUCAUCCUCAAGCGCAUCGGCUCCAAGGAGCACAACCGGGACGCGCUGUCGCAGCUGUAUGACUUGCGGGAGCGUCACCCAGAAGUGGAUAUUUGGACCUUUAUGCAAGGCUCGUCGUUCUAUUUCCGCAACUACGUAGAACGAGGACUAAAGGAAGUCGCCGAACAACGCAAAAUGGCAUCUAUGCCCAUGUACAAAAGCGAUUACAAAGCAGAAAAUAUUGAUAUUAGCAAUGAAAAUGAUGAAAAGUCACAUGUUAUUUUCUUAGAAAAGCUAAGAGCAUUACAGGCUAAAGCCGGCUUAAAAACUGAGUCUAACCCAUCGUCACAGCCGCGAACACCCAUCAGUGACAAUAGGGCGCUCGCGGAAUCUAUCAACGAAAACACGCUGUCCCGCGCACACAGCAUCGACCCACAGCUAGAGCUUCACACGACACAAGCAAUUUCUCAGAAAAACGAGGCCGCCGUGGACGCCUUACGCCUUAAACUGCAACAGAUCAAAAGCUCCUCGAAGAGAUAGACCUACUCGCUCUUCCGUUCGGAAAGCAACUCCAUCGCCCUCAUUCGGUCAUGACGUGCGGUCCACGAUAUAAUACUAAACUUUAUUACCAUUAUAUAAAGCGUGAACCUCGCGCUCCUUUAACCUUGUGAUAAGAAGUCAAUGUUGGAGGGAUCCCCCAAUUCAUUUCAACGCUUUUCACCAUUCAUUUAGUUCCUAGAAUUGUUUGGUCUAGUAAGUCUAGUACUAGUGAAUCACUGUGUUACUGUUUUGUGAGAUUAAAGCGUCCUUGGUCCCUUGUUUUGUACAAUUAACAUGACAAUAGGUAAACAGUAUAGUUUAAGCAGGGUAUACAUAUGAAAUUUUUGUGACUUAGCGAGGGACCGUCAUGUAAUGGGAAUGUAUAGGUUUCAUGAGAAUAUGACUGUCUUGCCAUUUGAAGAAUGAGUGUAUACUAUGUAACGUAUAACUAUUUGACACGGAGUUUUAAAUAGAAUGCACGUGUGGCAAUUGUUUGUUGUAAAAUUAAACUGUCCCAUUAGUUAUAGAAUCAGACUGUUAAAAGUUUACAUGCUUUUGUUGCCAGGCUUAAUAAUACGUUCCCAUUUUAGAUAGACGCUGUAUAAAUAAAGUACUUCAUUCAGCCAGUGAUCUUAAAAAAUAAAACAAGAUAAAUAUUUUAAUAUUGUGUAUCUUAGAAAACUACACUACGAUUCUAGAGGCAAAAAUACCUAAAGAUAUAUAAAUAGUCCAGUAGUGAAAUAAAUUUUUCUCAUUGUAUGUAAUCAAUGUAGUCUUCAUUGUAAUUGAAAACUACAAUUGAUAUAUAAUCACAUUUUGUUGUAUUUCGUUUAGUAUGUAAAUGUUUGUGUAUAUGUAUUUCUAAAGAUAGCAAUUAAAAGUCGACUUGAAGUCGAAACGCCUAAAUGUUAAAGUUGAAUAAAUGUGCAGUCUUUAGAAAUGCUUGUAAUUAUUGAUUAUGUAAUUUGUAUUGGUUUGUUUUAAUGAGUUUAAAGACUGUUCUCAGGUUGAGUCUUGCGAGGAAUACUCGGUGUUAUAUUGUGUUUGAAACUGUUUGCAAUCAUCCAGUAGGUUUGUAGAAAACUUUUAUAGCUGCGAUGAGGCCGUUAACUUUAUAUAAUUAUUUAAACCCCAUCUUAACCCCACACUAACUUACUAAAUUAUAUAAACAUUCCCACAGUAUUGGUAUGUGUACAAAUUUUAUUCAAUUUUACAUUUUUUUUUGGAUUUUUGUUGACAUUGACAUUUUUUUUCUUAAUAUUUAUUUUCUGUAAAUGCUCAUGUGCAUUGAAUUUGCAUAGCAUACUUUUUUUUACUUCAAAAAUGAAUUGUACAUAUUCAUAUCUCGAAAUUUGAGUAAAUUUGCUUCAGUAACUAAAAGUUUACUUAUAUUGGUUAUUAAAUUCAAAAUAUUAAUUUUGUCUUUUAGUCAAAUUAUAAAAUGUAAAUUUAAUUCUUAAGUUAAGUAAUUAAACAAUUUAAAUCUGGUUAUCAUGUCUCUUGGAAUGAAAAUUCAAUGUAAAUGAGUAUUAUGAAAUAAUUAUGACUGAUUUUAUAUCAUAUUCGUCCAUUGUUUAAACUAUUGCUACUUGUGUUGUAUACGCUCGUCUCUUUCGUCUACAUAAUUUGUAUCUUACGCAGAUGUUUCCGUUAUUUCUACGCCUGUUAUAUUGAUAUUGUUAAAAUGACGAAGAUUCGGAAAUAUGUUGAAUUGGUAAAACUAUUAAAAAUGUUGAAAAGGAAAGAACUGUAAAUUAUGUUUUAAAACUGUUGUUUUUCCGAUUUGUUACUUGAAAAAAAAAUAUUGUUUAAAAUAUUUUUUUUAAACGACGGUCUGAUGUUAUUAACUGUCACUGUCUCGAUAUAUUUUAUUAUUAACGAUAAUUAUUACGAAUAUCCUCUAGUAUUGCUUUACAUGAAACGACUUAUAACUUGAGCAUUUAUUUAUUUUAAAAAUAAUGUAUUAAAUCAUGAUGUAAUAUU